GCAUAGAUGCUGCGAGGAGCCCGGCGGCUCCCGGCGCGAGGGGGAGGAGAGCGGUGAUGUCAUUGCUCUGGAGCUGCUGCAGAAGAGUGGAAAGCUGCUGCUGAUGGCAUUGUUUUUGUGGCAGCGGCUGAAUGACAGACUUUGCCUACAAAGAUACACCCUCAGCCCCUGUGUAGCCUUCUUGGUUCCGGCGUUUCACCAUGCCAGCACAGCGCCAUGAAUCCUGGAUGCAUGCUGCUAUUUGUGUUUGGCUUCGUUGGCGGGGCGGUGGUCAUUAAUUCGGCUAUCUUGGUAUCUCUCUCUGUUUUGCUGCUAGUGCACUUUUCUAUUUCUACUGGUGUGCCAGCUCUGACGCAGAACCUACCAAGGAUACUCAGAAAGGAGCGUCCGAUAUCUCUGGGCAUCUUCCCAUUACCUCCAGGAGAUGCACUACUUACACCUGAAGCUCAGAGAGAAGCGGGGGAGACGCCUGGGUCAGAGCACUGGAAAUUCCAUGAGCUGAGCCAGCCACGGUCCCACACAAGUCUGAAGGAUGAGCUCUCUGAUGUUAGCCAAGCAGGCUCAAAAUCUACUACGCCAGCAUCCACAGCUGCUUCAGAUGUACCUGUACUGCCUGCUGAAACUCCUCAAAAGGAAGAUGUUGAAGGGCUUGCAAAGGACACAGAUAUGCCAAAUGAGAAGCUGGACGUAAGCAAGAAUAUUGAAGUACAGGUAGCUCAAGAGACAAGAAAUGUGUCUACUGGUGGAAAUGAAAAUGAAGAAAAAUCUGAAGUUCAGGCAAUCAUUGAGUCAACUCCAGAGUUGGAUAUGGAUAAAGAUCUCAGUGGAUAUAAGGGUUCCAGCACUCCUACCAAAGGCAUAGAGAACAAAGCAUUUGACCGUAAUACAGAGUCACUCUUUGAAGAGCUGUCAUCUGCUGGAUCUGGCCUAAUUGGAGAUGUGGAUGAAGGUGCAGAUUUACUGGGGGAAUAUUCUGACCAUAAUUUCUUUGGAAUGGGUCGUGAGGUUGAAAACCUUAUUUUGGAAAACACUCAGCUGUUGGAGACAAAAAAUGCACUGAACGUAGUGAAGAAUGAUUUGAUAGCAAAGGUGGAUGAAUUGACCUGUGAGAAGGAUGUACUACAAGGUGAAUUGGAGGCUGUAAAACAAGCAAAACAAAAGCUUGAAGAGAAGAAUAAGGAACUGGAGGAAGAGCUGAAAAAAGCUCGUGCAGAAGCAGAGGAAGCAAGACAAAAAGCUAAAGAGGAUGAUGACAGUGAUGUCCCCACCGCUCAGCGGAAGCGUUUUACUCGUGUUGAAAUGGCCCGUGUUCUGAUGGAAAGAAAUCAGUAUAAAGAGAGGUUGAUGGAGCUUCAGGAAGCUGUCCGAUGGACUGAGAUGAUAAGAGCAUCAAGAGAAAAUCCAGCCAUGCAAGAAAAGAAGAGAUCAAGCAUUUGGCAGUUUUUUAGCAGGCUCUUCAGUUCAUCUAGCAACACAGCAAAGAAACCAGAACCUCCUGUCAAUGUUAAAUAUAAUGCUCCAACCUCGCAUAUUACUCCAUCCGUCAAGAAAAGAAGCAGCACCUUAUCUCAAUUACCAAGUGACAAAUCUAAAGCCUUUGAAUUCCUCAGUGAAGAAACUGAAGCCAGUUUAGCCUCACGCAGAGAGCAGAAGAGGGAGCAGUAUCGCCAAGUGAAAGCACACGUUCAGAAAGAGGAUGGUAGAGUGCAAGCAUUUGGCUGGAGUCUACCUCAGAAGUACAAACAGGUGGCAAAUGGUGGCCAGGGUGAGAAUAAGAUGAAGAACUUACCUGUACCUGUUUACCUGAGACCUUUAGAUGAGAAGGAUACCUCUAUGAAGCUGUGGUGUGCUGUAGGGGUGAACCUAUCAGGAGGGAAAACACGAGAUGGUGGGUCUGUGGUUGGUGCUAGUGUAUUCUACAACGAUGUCACUGGUGUGGACGCAGAUGGCAACAAGCAGCAAACAGGAUCUCAAAGUAGCUUAGAUAGACUAGACCAAGAGCUUAAGGACCAGCAGAAGGAGCUGAAACAUCAGGAAGAAUUAUCCAGUCUAGUUUGGAUCUGUACUAGCACACAUUCUGCUACGAAAGUUAUCAUUAUUGAUGCUAAUCAACCAGGAAAUAUUCUGGACAGUUUCAUUGUUUGCAAUUCUCAUGUGCUUUGUAUCGCUAGUGUACCAGGGGCAAGGGAAACAGACUAUCCUGCAGGAGAAGAAGGGUCUCAAGAAGCAGACCCCAGUCAAGUGGACAAGUCCUCUCUGUGUGGAAGCAUGACUAGCAACAGCUCUGCAGAAACAGACAGCUUGCUAGGAGGAAUAACAGUGGUUGGCUGCACUGCGGAGGGUAUCACAGGGGCACCCGUAGCUCAUGAUGCAAACGGUGGCUCACCCAUGACAGAUAAACAGUCAGAUAUUGCAACUGAAAGUAAUUCAGUAGAUGAGAACAUUCCAACAGCAGAGGAGGCAACAGAAGCUACAGAAGUCAAUGCAGGGACAGGAGAAGACACUGCUGAUAUUGCACAAACUGGAGUCUACACAGAGCACGUCUUUACAGAUCCUCUGGGAGUGCAGAAUACAACAGAGGCAUCUCCAGUGUACCAGCCUAGUACUGAGUCAGAGUUAUAUAAAGAUGUUGCAGUUUUGCCAAAUGAGCAAGAUCUAGUGAGAGAAGAAGCACAGAAAAUGAGUAGCCUUUUACCGACAAUGUGGCUUGGAGCACAGAAUGGAUGCCUGUAUGUUCAUUCGUCAGUGGCCCAGUGGAGGAAAUGUGUUCAUGCCAUUAAACUUAAAGAUUCUAUUCUCAGUAUUGUACAUGUAAAAGGAAUAGUAUUAGUUGCACUAGCUGAUGGAACACUAGCAAUAUUUCACCGAGGAGUUGAUGGUCAAUGGGAUUUGACAAACUAUCACCUCUUAGACCUGGGCCGGCCACAUCAUUCGAUAAGAUGCAUGACAGUGGUACAUGACAAAGUCUGGUGUGGCUACAGGAACAAAAUCUAUGUUGUUCAACCAAAGGCCAUGAAAAUAGAGAAGUCAUUUGAUGCACACCCAAGAAGAGAAAGCCAAGUGAGACAGCUGGCCUGGGUGGGUGAUGGGGUAUGGGUGUCUAUUCGUUUGGACUCCACCCUGCGUCUCUAUCACGCGCACACGUAUCAGCAUCUACAAGAUGUGGACAUUGAACCUUAUGUAAGCAAAAUGCUAGGUACUGGUAAACUGGGAUUCUCAUUUGUGAGAAUCACAGCUCUUAUGGUGUCUUGUAAUCGUUUAUGGGUAGGAACAGGAAAUGGUGUCAUCAUCUCCAUUCCAUUAACAGAAACUGUAAUCCUCCACCAGGGACGUUUACUGGGGCUGAGGGCUAAUAAAGCAGCAGCAGGCUCCGGAAACCGUCCGGGGAGUGUAAUACGUGUAUAUGGUGAUGAAAACAGCGACAAAGUGACUCCAGGAACAUUCAUACCAUAUUGUUCAAUGGCACACGCACAGCUUUGCUUCCAUGGGCACCGUGAUGCUGUUAAAUUCUUUGUUGCAGUACCUGGUCAGGUUGUUUGCCCACAGAGUAGUGGUGGAACAGAGCUAACAGCUGAUAAACCAGCCCAAGAGUCCUUCAGCCAGAGUCCCUUAAAAUCCAUGUUGGUGAUAAGUGGUGGAGAAGGAUAUAUUGACUUCAGAAUGGGUGAUGAAGGUGGAGAAUCUGAACUCCUUGGAGAAGCUCUACAACUUGAACCUUCUGUAGCCAAAGCUGAGAGGAGUCACUUGAUAGUGUGGCAAGUAAAAAAAAAAAAAAAAAAAAAAAAAAAAAAAAAGAAAAAAGCUUCUGCAUGUUUUUUUUAUUUUGUGAAACCUGUUUCACUACAUGAUGUUGAAGCAUUUCUUUGCUGUUUAACUUUAUAUUGCAAAUUUGUCAUACCUUUAACUAUACAGGAAUUAGCUUGUGCUGUUUUACUGCACCCGUGUUACAUGGAACAGUAUAUUGAAAUCAGAUCUUUCUCAAAACUGGUGUGCACACCAUAGUAAGCAACUGAGACAUUAGUUUUACUGUACCACAGCAAUCUAAUGUAGUUCACUUCUUUGGUAGUCUCACUUGAGUUCAGCUUUAUUACAACUGAGCUUCAUUUCACCGCAUAAUGCAUUGAGUAAAACAGCAAAGUUAUUCCCAGAGUAUUAAAAAAUUGACAAACUAUAAGAUGAUUAUGAAGACUCAUCCAAAUAUUCAGUGAGGGCUAAAGCAAACUGUAAAUUUCAGCUUUUGUUUUCAAACCUGGAAAAUCUUGCUUAUGUAGUGUAUAUGGUUUAAUUUGUUACGUUCAUCAGAAUUUCUGGGGGAAGAAGGGAUUCUAUAGGAACUGAGAUGACAAUAUUUAAAUAAAAUCACAUGUUUCCACUAUUGAACCUUAAAGUUUGAGAACUGCUGCCCUCAAUAAUGACCAAUUUUGAGCAUAGUGUUUUUCCAUUUCCCUGACAUGGAACAACUCGGUUUCCAAAGGGUAUUCUUAGGAUGAUUUAAAUUUGAAAAUAGAUGUAAAAUUCUUGAACGGGGGAUAUGGUUUUUUUUCUUUUCUUGUCUUAACUCCUUAUGUCCUAAGCACUAGAAUGAUCUUCUCUGCCUAGCUGGUCAAACUCAUGAGGCACUACAUGUGUGAAGGUUAGAGACCUCGAUUAGAGCAUGAGAAAAGACUGAGAGUGUACAGGAAAAAUGCAUUCUGCCCAAGUGAGAUUGUAAAGGAACUUUAGUGCCAGAUAAUUAGGUACAAAAUGUAUUUUUUUGUAGUUGCAUACCCUAAUUUAGUAAAAAAAAAAAAUAAAAAAAUUGAGCAACGAUGUUAGCAGGUAACACUAAGAUUGGGUAAAUUGAUGAAAGUCAGGAGACUCUAAUAUUAGGCUGACAUUCUGUCUACUCACCAUCUAUUUUUUUAACCAUAAGUGUGAGUUGAAGAUUGUCUUCCUUUUACAUUGAAUUUCCUACAUCAGUAUCAGACCUAAGUUAAACACUUCAUGAUUUCUGUACUUCAGAAUAUUUUAAAAUCCAGAUUUGCUCUUUCAUUUUGUCUCUGGAAAGUAAAAGUUUUGAGGGGUUUUAAUAAACAUCCAGCAUUUGCCCCCAAAAGGCUGGGACUGUUCUGUUCAGAUUAGCAGAGAAAUUUAGUAACUAUUGUGUGAGAGAACUGAACAGUUUCAGAGAAGUAAAUAUAGAAACACUUUUUUAAAACUGCCUAAACAUUUUUAUGCAAUAGGAGCAGUUCUGGUCUAUCAGGCAAACAUGUGUUUAUAUAUUUUCUUAAUUUUUUAAAUGAACACAUUUAGCUGAGGUCUAUUGUGUAAAUAUAUAUUUAGGCAGCUUUUUCAAAUGCAUAUCAUAGCUGAUAAACCAGAAAAACUCCAUUCAGGUCUAUUGGUUAGAUUUAUAUGUAUAAAUACUUUUUAAGCGACAUAUUUUGUACACAGCUGUUCCUCUCGUAAAUAUGUAUUUAGGACAUGAACUAUGUAGUAAAAAUCCUUAUUAAAGAUGUCUAAUAUCUUGGUAGUAUUUUUCUCUUCAGAAUGCCAAAAGUGAUGAGAGCAUGUUGUUCAUAAUUUGCUUUCCAAAUUCAUCUUUAACGUCACUCUUAAAGUACUUUGGCUUAAAUAUAAAGUCUGGGAGCUUUUUAAAAAUUACACAAAUACAGGAAGUAAACUGAGUAAACACUCUUAGACCUGUUUAAAACUUACAUAGACAUGUAUGCUGAACCUGAAGCACAUCUGAAUUAUGAAAUUUGACGUCUACAAAAAAUGCUGUCUAAACUUUUACUGUUGUGCAGAAUCUUCACUGUGAGUGGUGCAGUUUCAUUGCUUUUCCUGCCAUUUUCUUAAUUUUUUUUUUUUUCUCUUUGGAAAACAGUCUCCAAAGCUUUUACUCACUGGUUGAUUGUCACAUUCUCAUGUUCUCAGAAAAAAAGCGCACAAUUCUGUUCCUUGGUUCUUGUAUAGCAUUUUAUUUGUAACUAGUGAUGAGCCGUUUUCUCUGAACGGCUUUACUGCUAUCAAAUAGAGCAGUUCAAUCUGGCAAGUGUGUACCUGGUCUUUUGCCAAAUGUAUCUGGUCCACCGUGCCAUUUUAGUCACCUCAGUGGACCAACUCUUGCAAAUUUUUCAGAGAAUGAUUGUUUCUGUCCAAAAGUGGAAGGGUUUUAAAGAAAACAGUAGGUUAACUGUGUACCACUGUGGGUGUAGAUAAAAGGCAUGUGCACUUCUCUGUGUUUCUCAUUAAAAAACUUUAUCCCCUGUCCUAAGGUACAGUAGAUUAAAUAGGUCCCUGUUGUCAUCACAGCGCACUGGGUUUUAUAAACUCUGCGUGAGGUCGCUUUGAAUGGUGAAUAAAGCACGUGAAACCCCAGGCAUGGAGAUGACAAUACACUCCUACGAAUCCGUCUCAAGAAUGUGUUUAUGCAUACACUCAUGUGAUUAAAGCAUCAUAUAAAUAGGAGCUAAUCUCUUGAUAGCUACAGCUUGUUAAUAGUUUGGAAACAUUUCGAGCACAAGAUAUGCAGCACAUUACUUGCCUGGGUAAGGGUGUUUGCAUGGUAAAGGUGAACUGCGUUGUAUAAGCUGCUGCAUUGUCCAUUUCUUGUAAAGGUCUUCCUGCGUUGGAUCAGAUAGAGCUGGCAGAGCGUAGACACUUUAUCAUAGGCUGCCUUAGUAACAAACGUUAAAUCUGUUUUAUUAUACUAACUGUUCUAAAGAACGUGUGUCUUUUAAAAUGCUGUGUAACUGAAUAUUUAUUUCCAUGUGAGUAUUAUAAAAGUUACCAAAGGAUUAAACCUGAUUUAGCACUCUUGUAAGUGGCCCUGUUGAGACAGGGUCUUGUGAAGGCCCUGCUCUGUAAAACAAGACACGGUAAACUCAAAUACGGUUCUUUAGGGAAAUUAAAUGUUUUUUCUAACAGGGUUAUGCCAUAUUGUAACAACUUAUGUUGCACCUCAAAGCAUUUUUCUAUACACUAAAUGUCUCUCCCGCCCUCUAACAAGAUUAAGUUUCCUUUAUUAAUUUUGUUGAUGCACAUUUCUCAAUCUUUUAAGCAUAUAUUUUAAACAUUUUAUGGUCUGUAAUUUUUGAAAGUUUUGUCUGUUGGACACUUUACGCUGAAUUUUACUUGCCUCUGUAAUCCGAGAUGGAUCCUACAGCGUUAAACUUGCUGUCUGUUAAAACUUGAGGCUUCUUUUCUGUGAGCAGAAAAGCUCAUAUAGCAGUGUAGUUAUUUCCGUAUUUAUUUCUAUUAUUGAAUCCAUGGGGUUCAGAAUGUAACUUUGUACAUGAAAUAUAUAUAAAUAUGUAUAUGAAACAUGCA